CCAUCGACGCAGGCUAGCCUGAAAUCGCGAGAGAGGUUUUAGGGUAGUUUUUGUUGCACUCGAUCGGGUCAGGUUCUCGUCGAUGGCGAUGGACUACUCGACGGCGAUCCUGGAGCGGAAGAUGAUGAAGGCGCCGAACCGGCUGUUGGUCGACGACUCCGAGGGCGGGGUGGCCGUCGACGACUCGAGCGUGGCGCUGAGCGAGGUCACCAUGACGGAGCUCGACAUCUUCCAGGGCGACCUGGUGACCCUCCGCGGGAAGCGCCGCCGCGAGGCCGUCUGCUACGCCCACGCCGACGAGUCGUGCCCCGACGGCCGCGUCCGCCUCAGCCGCGGCGUCCGCGGCAACAUCCACGUCCGCCUCGGUGACCUCGUCGCCGUCAAGCGCAGCCCCCACGUCGGCAACGCCAGGCGAGUGCUGGUACGCCCCUUCGAAGACUCCGUCAAGGGCAUCUCCGGCGACCUCUUCCAACCCUACCUCCGACCUUACUUCAAGGAUGCGAUGAGGCCGGUGAAGAAGGGCGACCGGUUCUUGGUGCGCGGGCUUAUGCACGCCGUGGAGUUCAGGGUGGAGGACACGGACCCGGCCGACGAGUGCGUGAUCGUCGCGAGGGAUACGGAGGUGUUCUACGACAGCGAGAACCCGGUGAAGAGGGAGGACGACGAGCUGAUCGACGGGCCGGGCUACGAGGACGUCGGCGGCGUCUGCAAGCAGCUGGCGCAGAUCCGGGAGAUGGUGGAGCUGCCGCUGCGCCACCCGAAGCUGUUCACCACGCUGGGCGUGCGGCCGCCCAAAGGGAUCCUGCUGUACGGCCCGCCGGGCACGGGGAAGACGCUUCUGGCGCGCGCCAUCGCCGCCGAGUCAGGCGCCCACUUCAUCGUCGUGAACGGGCCGGAGAUCAUGGCGGGGGUGGCCGGGGAGAGCGAGGCGAACCUGCGGAAGGUGUUCGCCGAGGCGGACGAGCAUGCGCCGUCGAUCAUAUUCCUGGACGAGGUCGACUCAAUCGCGCCCAACCGCGAGAAGGCGCACGGCGAGGUGGAGCGCCGCGUCGUGUCGCAGCUGCUCACCCUCAUGGACGGCCUCCGUUCCCGCGGGCAGGUCGUCGUCAUCGGCGCCACCAACCGCCCCAACAGCCUCGACCCGGCGCUCCGCCGCUUCGGCCGCUUCGACCGCGAGCUCGACAUCGGCGUGCCCGACGAGGUCGGGCGCCUCGAGAUCCUCCGCAUACACACGAAGAACAUGCCUCUGGCCGACGACGUCGACCUCGAGCGCGUCGGCAAGGACACCCACGGGUUCGUCGGCUCCGACAUUGCCUCGCUGUGCUCGGAGGCGGCCAUGCAGUGCAUCCGCGAGAAGCUCGACCUGAUGGACAUCGAAGACGACACAAUUAGCGUGGAGAUCCUCAACUCCCUGACCGUCUGCAUGGACCACCUCAGGUUCGCCGUGGAGGUCACAAAGCCUUCGGCCCUGCGCGAGACGGGGAUCGUCGAGGUGCCCAAGGUGUCGUGGGACGACAUCGGCGGCCUGGACGAGGUCAAGCAGGAGCUGCAGGAGACGGUGCAGUACCCGGUGGAGCACCCGGAGUUGUUCGACAUGUUCGGCAUGUCGCCGUCGCGCGGCGUGCUCUUCUACGGCCCGCCGGGGUGCGGCAAGACGAUGAUGGCCAAGGCCAUCGCCAAGGAGUGCAGGGCGAACUUCAUUAGCAUCAAGGGGCCCGAGCUGCUCACCAUGUGGUUCGGCGAGAGCGAGUCCAACAUCCGGAAUCUGUUCGACAAGGCGCGGCAGUCCGCGCCGUGCAUUCUCUUCUUCGACGAGCUAGACUCCAUCGCCGUCAAGCGCGGCAACAACGUCGGCGACGCUGGCGGCACGUCAGACCGCGUCCUGAACAUGAUUCUCACCGAGAUGGAUGGGAUCAACAGCAAGAAGACGGUGUUCGUCAUCGGCGCCACCAACCGGCCAGACAUCAUCGACCCGGCGAUGCUCCGCCCAGGCCGGCUCGACCAGCUCAUCUACAUCCCGCUCCCCGACGCGCGGUCGCGGCUGGAGAUCUUCAGGGCGAGCCUCCGCAACACGCCCAUGUCCCGCCACGUCGACCUGCCGGCGAUGGCGGAAUCCACCGACGGGUUCAGCGGCGCCGAUAUCAAGGAGAUCUGCCAGCGCGCGUGCAAGCUCGCCGUGCGCGAGGUCGUCGAGAAGAGCACCGUGGUCGGGAAGGCACUGGCCAUGAAGGGCGCGGAGCUUAGAGUGGACCACUUCAAGAGCGCCAUGAAGUACGCGAGGAAGAGCGUCAGCGACAUCGACUUGAUCAGAUACGAGUUCUUUAAGCGUAAGUUCAGCGGCGGGGUCUCCCUCUCCGAGGAGGAGGAGGAGGAGGCGCAGGCGCCAGUGGGAGAGCUGAAGGCAGUGAUGGUGGAGGAUGCCGACGGCUCUACGGACUCUUCGUCCUCCAUGGACGACGAGGACAUGCUGUACGGUUAGCUGUUAGGUCUCUCCAGUAGUAGCUUUUAGUGUCAAUUUAGUUACUUAUCAAUUGGAGUUCUCUUCAAAUGUAAUGGCAUCUACUGUUGCAUAGAUUUGAAGUGAUUUCACAUGAUAAUCUAAUUGUUGAUCCAUGUGUAAAUCAUAGUGCCUACCUCUGUCGUUCCCCUUAAUUAAAAGAGCAUUUUCCCAUCCUUCAGAUAUCACGAG